AUGUCUGGAAAGGAUAAUAUGAGCGCUGUUUAUGCAACAGACGAGUAUGGACGUCCUUUUAUCAUUGUCAGAGAACAACAAAAGAAAAGCAGACUUAGUGGUAUUGAAGCUAUAAAGUCACAUAUUUUAGCCGCAAAAACCGUUGCUAAUAUUAUCAAGACUUCUCUGGGUCCUAGAGGUCUUGAUAAGAUCCUUAUUUCACCCGAUGGAGAUAUCACUGUUACAAACGACGGUGCAACAAUCUUGACUCAAAUGGAAGUUGAGCAUCAAAUCGCGAAAUUAUUAGUACAAUUAUCUAAAUCUCAAGAUGAUGAAAUUGGUGACGGAACAACUGGUGUUGUUGUUCUCGCUGGUGCUCUUCUUGAACAAUCCGAAAAUCUCUUGGAAAGAGGUAUUCAUCCUAUUCGUAUAGCAGAUGGAUUUGAGACAGCCUGUAGAGUUGCCGUAAAACAUUUAGAUACAAUUUCUGAUGUAGUAGAAUUUACUAAAGAUAAUACUGAGAAUUUAUUUAAUACUGCAAUGACAUGUUUAGGAAGUAAAAUAGUUUCGAAAAAUCAUGAACAAUUCGCUAAAAUUGCGGUUGACGCAGUUUUAUCAGUAGCAGAUUUAGAACGUAAAGAUGUUGAUUUUGAAUUGAUUAAAGUAGAUGGUAAAGUAGGAGGUUCACUGGGAGACACCAUUUUAGUCCAGGGAGUAGUAGUUGAUAAGGACAUGUCACAUCUUCAAAUGCCACGUGAAAUACGCGAUGCUAAACUUGCCAUAUUAACGUGUCCAUUUGAACCUCCUAAGCCAAAGACUAAACAUAAAUUAGACAUCACUUCUGUUGAGGAAUAUAAAAAAUUACAAACUUAUGAGAGGGAAAAAUUUGAAGAAAUGAUUAAACGUGUUAAAGAUUCCGGUGCUAAUCUGGUUAUUUGUCAAUGGGGUUUUGAUGAUGAAGCCAAUCAUUUAUUAAUGCAAAAUGAUUUACCGGCCGUUCGAUGGGUUGGUGGUCCCGAGAUAGAGCUUAUUGCUAUCGCUACAAAUGGUCGUAUCGUUCCUCGUUUCGAGGAUCUCACGCCCGAAAAACUUGGUAAAGCCGGACUUGUUCGUGAGAUUUCCUUUGGUACUACAAAGGAUCGUAUGCUUGUUAUCGAAGAAUGCUCAAAUUCUCGCGCUGUUACUGUAUUUGUUCGUGGUAGUAACAAAAUGAUAAUUGAUGAAGCUAAAAGAUCUAUUCAUGAUGCUUUGUGCGUCGUGCGUAACCUGGUUCGUGAUAACCGCGUUGUAUACGGUGGUGGUGCUGCUGAAAUUAGUUGUUCACUCGCAGUCUCUAAAGCUGCUGAUCAGAUAUCGUCGAUUGAACAGCAUGCUGUUCGCGCAUUUGCUAACGCUUUAGAUGCUAUUCCUUCAGCUCUUGCCGAAAAUUCCGGUCUAUCGCCGAUAGAAACUUUGGCUGAUAUUAAAUCACGUCAAGUAAUUGAAAAUAAUAGUCAAUUAGGAAUUGAUUGUAUGAGUACUGGAUCGAAUGAUAUGAAGGUUAAAUAUGUUUACGACCCACUUAUUUCAAAAAGACAACAAUUCUUGUUGGCAACUCAACUUGUAAAGAUGAUACUUAAGAUAGAUGAUGUCAUCACUGCAGGACCAGAAUAA